AUGGUUAGCAUUCCUCAGGCUCUUGUCCACAUCCAAAUCACCCACAAACGUGCUUCAUCCCUGCUUUGUCAAUACCUCGUACCGCGCGCUCCCCCCGAUCUGAGUCGCGAUACUGGAGUUACGCGCGAUGGCAAGACGCUCCAGCCGUAUACUUCACACUCCCGCAUCCCGUCGCCAGCGGAUGGGCCCGGUUUUUUGUACGCUUUUGUCGAUUCUGAUGUCUACUGGAAAGUAGGCAUGACGAGCGACUACGACCGGCGGAAGGCAGAGUGGGACAGACAGUGUCCGUGUCCCAGCAGAGUCUGGCUUCCGCCUGUACGGGUUGUAUGGCGAAGGAAAGCUGGUGCAUCAGUCGACCUCGCAAGUACUGCUCUAACUGUCUGUUCCAAGGCACAUAUUGAAAUAUUCAUCUUCCCUGGUCAUUGGUGGUAUAUCUGGAUAACUAUUGUCCUACCAGUCCUUGCAAGAGCAGCAGCAGCAUAA